CUACGUCACUACCGUAAAGAAUCAGUACGCCAGGAAGACCGGAGUGUGCGCCGCUCGAUGAAUGAAACUGAACGGCAAAACUUCAUUAAUUCAUUCAACUUCUCGACGAAAUUUGACAGUGUUUGCCCCACAUUGCAUGCUAGCUGCCUCUACCAGCUACAGCCAGUUGCAGUGUGGCAUCCUGACACCUCUCCUCUUACUUCGCCUAUUCCCCUGUCUGUGCAAAGUGUGCAUGUUUGUCACCGUUGCUGGAAAUACUUGCUUAAAAGUGUGUGCACUUGUCUAUGAGCGUGCAUACCUAACUUGAGCUGCAGCAGUGUGUGUGUGCUUGUGUGUGUGAGUGACUAGCCUGUGUGAGCCAUGUCGGUGUCAGUGAUCAUAAAAUGGGGAGGUCAGGAGUACUCCAUCAGUUCUCUGUCUGAGGAGGACACAGUCAUGGACCUGAAACAGUCCAUUAAGACCUUGACUGGGGUGCUGCCAGAGAGACAAAAACUACUGGGACUCAAGGUCAAAGGUAAACCUGCUGAGGAUGAGGUGAAGCUGGGUUCUUUGAAGCUGAAGCCUAACACCAAGAUCAUGAUGAUGGGCACCAGAGAAGAGAGCCUGGAAGAGGUUUUAGCCCCUCCACCGGAAAAUGACGACGUUGUCAAUGAUUUUGACAUCGAGGAGGAGGUCAUUGAAGUGGAGAACAGAGAGGAGAACCUGGCUAAAAUAGCCCGCAGAGUGAAAGACUAUAAGGUGGAAGAAUUGAACCCUCCUAGAGAAGGCAAAAGGCUCCUGGUACUGGAUGUGGACUACACAUUGUUUGAUCACAAAUCAUGUGCAGAAACGGGUCAGGAGCUGAUGAGACCGUACCUUCACGAGUUUCUGACAUCAGCUUAUGAAGACUAUGACAUUGUCAUUUGGUCUGCUACAAGUAUGAAGUGGAUCGAUGCCAAAAUGAAAGAGCUGGGAGUGACAGACAACCCUAACUACAAGAUUACGUUCAUGUUGGACAGUGCUGCCAUGAUCACGGUACACACCCCUAAGAGAGGGGUUGUGGAGGUGAAGCCUUUGGGUGUGAUAUGGGGGAAGUACGGAGAAUUUUACAACAGGAAAAACACCAUUAUGUUUGACGACAUCGGACGAAACUUCCUCAUGAACCCGCAGAACGGAUUAAAGAUCCGACCCUUCAUGAAGGCCCAUCUCAACAGGGAGAAGGACAGGGAGCUCUAUAAACUGGCUCAAUACCUCAGAGAAAUUGCCAAGCUUGAAGACUUCAGUGGGCUCAACCACAAACAUUGGGAGAGGUACCUUUCUAAGAGGCAGCACCACUGAGGAGGAACUGCAGCAUCGGCAAGGACUUGGGCUGGAUUCAACCAUCCCAUCAUCCAGUUCUCGCACACAGAACACACGCGCACACACUUGGCUGUUACAAGUCCUCCAUCCCAAACCUUCCCUUAAAUCCGACACUAACUCCGCAGCUGCCAACAGUCAGAGGCGCAGGACCGAGAUGGGCUUCCCAGUUUAUAUAUUUGCAUGUUCUCUGCCCCUCCCUAGUCUGGAACAUUUUUUUAAAAUAAAUAUUUGCAUUUGCUACAAUAACACUGACAGCAAGUACCAGUCUGCAACACAGAUUGUAAAAUAUACCAGGUCUGAUUUGAGGAGUCCAACUCAACCACCAACUUAUGGUGUUCAGUCAGGUGUUUAGCAUACAUGAUGAAUUCCACAGUUGCCUGGAAGUGUUUGAGAUCUUUUGCACCACCAUUUUCACACAGCAGUAAACUGAAAACAAGGCACACUCUGCUGUGCAAGCCUCUCUGCUACACCAAGCAAGUAAAAACAGAUCCAAGAUAUCAUUUCGCCAUGCAUGGUUACGGUCAAUAAGUGGCGUUUUCCACCUCUGUAGGCAGCUGAAGUGUUACAUAUUGUGAAUGCUGAAGAGACAGAUUGACCACUGAUCAGGCAAAAGGCAUUUAACAGGAAAGAAUGAGUAAACGCAAGUAAUCUGAACGUGUUUCCAAGAAGUGAGGAUACAUUCAUAAUUUCAAAAAUAUGAUUUUCACGGCAUAUCUGGAAAGUCAGUUUCAUGUGAAUUGUAUUGAAGGAUUAAAGUGCUGGAAGGGAAGAAUCAAAAUCAAAGCUAAAUCUGCGUCCUUGAGCGUCGAACAGAUGCCUGCAACCUUCACAGUUUGACAUGCAAUAAUAUGCAAUAAUCCUUGAAGCUGCUGCGAGAUUAAAGGCUGUUGAUCUUGAGAGUGGCUCAAGCUAAAAUAUUUUCUUCAAAGCAAUUCUCUGUAGUGCAUGUUGUGACUGGGGGCGGAGGGGAUCCUUUGUUUUUACUUGUAUGCAGAGAUCACUGCACACAGGCUUGUGGGCUGGAUGUUGUUACAUUUACACACUGUGCACAGAAGUAGAGAAGUUUCCACAGGCCGAUGGGUGUUUGUGUGUAUUUGUGUUUUUCUGUGCAUGUCAUUGGUACAUGCCGACUACAUCGCUGACAUUUUGAAAACGGAUCAAUUCUAUUUUUUUAUGCAGAAGUCAUUAUGUUCUGUAGUUUCUUUAGAAUUUAAUUUGAAGGCUUUUGUGAAACCCAAACGUUAAUGAACAAAGUGAGGAUGAAGGAUGACGAUGGGAACGCAAGAAACUGACCGUACAAAACGUGCAUCGUGCGCUUUUUUUUCACAUUUCAGUAACUUUUGAAAUGCGUCAGCACUUAUUGUCAACAUUUAUUUUAAGUUAUGGAUGAAGGAGGGGAAUUUUAGGAGAAAGGGAAAGUUUGUCCCCCCUUAUAAGCAAGUAGUACCUGAAGCUCUUGUGAACAUCAGGGAUGUGAUUUUCCAGAUUUUGCCAGAUCUAAAGCUAUUUUAGAAAUUCAGUUCCUUUUUAUUUCUAGAGAAGAUUUCCUGAGAUCUGCUUCUUCUGUUGCCCUUAUCACAUGCCUGACAUCCUGGCUGUAAAUAUGACAAUAAACCUUUUUUGUACCUA